AGCAGACACUGAGGCAGGGCAAGCAGCUGUCUUCAGUAUGUUACUGACUUGUGUCGGAGCGGGACCGAUGCGCGCGGCCGCCACUCGCUCCUUCAGUUUAGACCUGUGAUACCUUAUGCUGUGUUCGUUUGUUUGUGUCACGAAGCCUCAGACAUCAAACCUCACCUGUCCCACCACCUGUAAAAAACACCUGCCGCGCCACUGCCUCUCCCACCUCCCUCACAUUUACCUGGUCCCUAAUUAGAUAACCACACCUGGCUAAGCAAAGGUGAGGCAAGGAAGUGAGACCGUAACAAGCUGAACCACGCGCUGCCUUUGUGUCAUUAGAUAAUUAAGCCAAGCAAAAGUGCGUGAUACAAGAUUUACACCCCCGUGCCUACCUACCUGCCUGUGUGUGUGUGUACCUGUGAGUGUAAUUAGAUAAGUGCACUGCAAAGGUGAAGGGGUGUGGAGGGAGUGCAUGAGUGAGGCAAGAUAGAGCUACGCGUCGCCUCAGUGCAUAUCUCCGACGCAAUACAGUGAGACAAGACAGCGUGGAGAGAGAGAGUAAGAGGAAAAUAAAGCCCCCAUGCAUGCCAGUUGGAAAAGGCCGAGUUACCUGGAGGAGGAGAUGCCGCAGGUGUGCUGAGGGCGUGCUGAGGUGAUGGGGGACAGUGCUGAGUGCUGAGGCGGGACCAUGAGAGGGAAGGACGCUGAGGAAGGCAGGAAGAGGCGGGAAAAAGCAGCGAGGAAGUUACCGCGAGGAAGAAAUAGAGAUUGAAAGCAACGCAGUGAGAGGGAGGAGGAGGAGAAGGAGGAGGAAGAAGAGGAGGAGGUGGUUGUGGAGGAGGAGGAAGGGCUUUUGUGACCUGACCUCCCUGACCUGACCCAUGCCAAGAUGUCGUCCCAGCAGGAGCAGCAGAGGGCAGUUCCAAAGCGGAUCGAUGGGCUGAGGGCCGUGGAUGUUAUGACGAUCCUGCAUGAGAAGGUUGCGUAUCUGUCUGGAGGGCGCGACCAGCGGCCCGGCCCCAUCCUGACCUUCCCGGCCAGCACCCGGCGGGAGCGACUCAAGCACGAUGACUACCGUCCCCUUCUGCAGUACCUCAUGCAGAUCCCCAGUGAUGAAGUUCGGGAAGCAGGUUUCACAGUUAUCAUAGACAUGCGAGGGUCGACAUGGAACACUGUGAAGCCCAUCCUGAAGGAGCUGGCGGAGAGCUUUGCCCCCCACAUUUAUGCAGUGUACAUAGUUAAGCCCGACAACUUCUGGCAGAAGCAACGAACCAGUAUAGGAAGCCACAAGUACAAGUUUGAGACAAAUUUGAUAAGUGUAGAGACCCUCGCCAAGACCAUAGACCCCAGCCAGCUGACCAGUGACUUCGACGGGACCCUCGCCUACGACCACAACACCUGGAUUGAGCUGCGUCUGGCGGUGGAGGACUUCACGUGGCAGGCCAACGAGCUGCUGGACCAACUGGAGGAUGUGCGGGACGAGCUGCAGCAGAGCGACUUUGCGGACGAUGUCAACGGUGCCAAGAGAGCCAUCGAGAGGCACAAAGAGAUGCACCAGAAGGUCACCGGCAAUAUGGUGCACGAUCUUGACCUCACGGGCCAGAGGUUGUUGCAGAGGUGCAGGUUGAAUUGUGACGAGGGGAGCAGCGGCUACGACUCCGGCUACUCAGGGCGGGACAGUGCAUCCAGCCUCAUCCUCAACAACCCCGACUUUCAAAACAGUAUUCCCCAGAUCCUCAGUUUGAUGGAGUCAGUCCACCAGGCCCAGCAGCACGUCCAGCAGCUGUGGCAGCAUAAAAAGAUGCGGCUUGACCAGUGCUUCCAGCUUAGACUCUUUGAGCAAGAUGUAGAAAAGAUGUUUGAUUGGGUGUAUCAUAAUCGUGAAGAGUUCCUAGUCAAUUACGUAGAAAUAGGUCAUUCGUAUCAAGUAUCCAAAGAUCAUCAGGAAGCCCACUCCCAGUUCACCGUGGCAUGCCAGAAGGUGUACAUGAACAUCAACAGAAUACUGAGCGUUGCCUCAAGACUCAUGGAGACGGGCCACUAUGCCGCGCAGCACAUCGGGAACGUGGCCGCCAAGCUGGACCAGGUCUGGAAGGAGUUUGCGGCAGGCCUGGAUGAGAGAUCUUCGGUGUUGGCGCUGUCUGUUAUGUUCCACCAGAAAGCUGAACAGUAUAUUGAGAGUGUACCAACUUGGGUGGAGAAUUGCAAGAUCACCACCUUGCCUUCUGACAUCCUGACCCUCGAGGCGUCCAUCCACCACCACCAGUCCCUGUACGAGACCAUGUGCCAGGCCUACACCGAGGUGCACAGUACCAGCAAGAAGCUUCUCUACCAGCUGGACCACUUGGUACAAAUCUGUAGCCAGCUGCGUCGGGAUGGCCAGAUGCGCAGCAAGCACAAGAAGCCACGUGGAAAGCCAUCGGCGUAUUCUGUGACCCCCGAUGGCAAGGUGGUGUACCGCGGGGGUCCACACCAGCAGCGCGGGCCGGGAAACAGUGGGAACCCAGCGGCAGACUACUCCGAGGGGGCGAGUCACGUCCUAGCUGUCAUCCACGAGAUCCUGGGGCACCACCGGGCGGUUGAGCAGCGGUGGUCUGACAAGAAACUUAAGCUACACCAAAGACUGGCGCUGCGCCUCUUCCAGGAGGACGUGAAGCAGGUGCUGGACUGGCUGCAGACACACGGAGAAGUUUUCCUCCACAAGAAUCCAGGGAUUGGACGCAACCUUGCCAAAGCACGGAUGUACCAGAAAAGCCACGAACACUUUGAGAAUGUCGCCCAGAAUACGUACACGAAUGCGGAGAAGCUGCUGCAGGCGGCGGAGGAGCUGGCGCACACGGGGGAGUGCAACCCGGAGGAGAUCUACAACGUGGCGCAGACGCUGGACACGCACAUCGCCAGGUUCGCCACACGGGUGCAGAAGCGACACAGACUGCUCAACAUGGCGGUGCUGUUCUACACGCACGAAAAGGAGCUGCUGUCUUGGCUGGAGGAACUGAUCUCUGAACUGGAGAGUGACGAGAGGAUAGACGAAAAUUGUGAUUCCGUCGAAGCGGCGGAAAGACUCCUUGCUCAAAUGACCUCCCAGCGAGACUCCACCCUUGAUGCCUGUGUGUCCACCACCCACGAGGGGGAGGGUCUCCUCAACGAACUGAGGUCAGCCAAUGUGACCUCUGAUGCGGGCUGCAGCUCCGUAGAGGGAGUUGAAGAGGCCCUUGAGAGGCUGGUCAAGAAACGAGAUGAACUGGAGAACCUCUGGGCCGCCCGGAAGCUGCGUCUUGAUCUCCUCCUGCGACUGAGACUGUUCCAGAGAGACUCAGUUGACAGGCUGACCCAGCUUGACAUGUGGGGCGAGGAACUCCAGAACACAGAGUUUGGGCGGGACAUAGCGGACGCCGAGAGGAUGCUGGUGCUUCACAAUGACUCUGCCUCACACAUGCAGAACACUACAUAUCAGGUGCUUCAGAGCGGCCAGGAACUCCUCCAGUUAUUGGAGACCUCAGGGAUCCAGAUUCGCGCUGAUGCUGAGUCGGACGCUGCCACCAAGGUGUCCAUGAUCCUGGAGUGCAUCCACGAGCGGCUGAUGGACAUUGAGGUUCUGGUGGACAUGAAGAGAGUGAAGCUGGAGCAGUGCAUUCACCUCCUCCAGUUUGAGAGUGAAGCCAACCAGGUGAUAAGUUGGAUCCGCAAUGGGGAGGCGGUGCUGGUGGGAAGCUUCACCAUUCCAAGCUCCCUGGCCGAGUCAACGGCUCUGUCUCACGAACACGAACAGUUCCAGGUUGCAAUAGAAAAGACACACGCGGCUGUGGUUCAAAUACGCCAAAGAUCUUCUGCCUUGUUAAUGGCUAAGCAUUACAGUCCUGAGCAGGUGAUGGAGAUAGAGACCAAUGUCACCAAGAAGUGGGAGAAGCUCGUUACCUGUGCAGAAGACAGAUACAAGCUGGUCCAGGCGUCCAUCACGUUCUACAAGACGGCGGAGCAGGUGUGCUCGGUGCUGGAGUCUCUGGAGCGUGACUACCGCCGGGACGAGGACUGGUGCCAGAAGGAGGUGGCGGGCCAGGUGGCUGCAUCUAGUCAGGGGGAUCAGCAGCAGCCUCAGCAGCAGAAUAAGACAGACCAACAGCAAAAACCAGACCAGCAACAACAGCAGACCCAGCAGCAACAGCAGCAGCAGCAGUCCACAGGUCAGGGGGGCCAGGCAGGCUCAGACCGUGCAGCCUCCAUCUCCCUCCUCAUCAACAAGCACCAGGAGCAGAAGGAAGGCUUCCUCAAGGCCUGCACGCUGGCCCGACGCACGGCCGAGACCUUCCUCAAGUAUUCCAACCGCUCCCAGAACUACUACAACAUGAAGGGCGACCUUGGCUCCAGGGGCCCCGAGACCAAGGUGAGGGGCAUCCUGGACAACCUCAUGGCCCAGGAGAACAAGGUGCUGGACCACUGGACCCAGAAGAAGAAGAAGCUGGACCAGUGCCAGCAGUUUGUCCUGUUUGAAGGGUCAGCCAAGCAGGCCCUGGACUGGAUCAUGGAGACAGGCGAGCUGUACCUCUCCACCCACACCAACCUGGGAGACAGCCGGGAGGAGACGGAGCGGCUCCUGCGGGAACACAACGAGUUCAAAGGGACGGCCAAAGACACGCGGGAGAGGGUGAAGCUGCUGCUGCUCCUGGCGGACUCCCUGGUGGAGAAGGGCCACGCCCACGCUGCCGCCAUCAAGGAAUGGGUGGCCAGUGUGGACAAGGCCUACAAGAACUUCUCCGGCCGGAUGGACCGCUACCGCCUGCAGCUGGAGGGCCGGCUGGGCAUCCAGAGUGAGGACAGCAAGGCCUCCCUCUCCCUGGACCGUCACAGUGACCCGUCCCUGGAGAACAAGGUCGGGGCCGUGGUCACCGUGGCUCAGGUGGCCAACAAGGAGGUCAGUGAGGAGAGGCGCAAGUCUGCCCGCAAGAAAGAGCUGAUCAUGAGGGAGCUGCUGAACACAGAGCGUGUGUAUGUCAAAGACUUGGAGGUGUGCUGCAGAACUUACCUGUUCGAGACCCGCCAGCCCACCGCCCCAGCUGCCCUGCAGGGGAAGGACGGGAUCAUCUUCUGCAACAUGGAGGAGAUCCUGCAGUUCCACAAAAACACCUUCCUGCAGGAGAUAGAGAAGUACCAGUGCAUGCCUGAGGAUGUGGGGCAUUGCUUCGUCACCUGGGCGGCCAAAUUUGAUGUCUACGUCAAGUACUGCAAAGCCCAGCCAGAGUCCAACCGCCUGCUGGUGAGUCAGGCCGGAGCCUUCUACGAGGAGGUGCAGCGCAAGCACGGCGUGGAGCACCCCAUCCCCGCCUACCUCAUCAAGCCUGUGCAGCGCAUCACCAAGUACCAGCUGCUGCUCAAGGAGCUGCUGUCCUGCUGUGAGGAUGAGAACCAAGGCGAGAUCAAGGAUGGCCUGGAAGUGAUGCAGAAUGUACCCAAGAAGGCCAACGACGCCCUCCACCUCUCCAUGCUGGACGGCUGUGACGUGCCGCCAGACUCUCUCGGGGAGGUGAUCCUGCAGGACAGCUUUCAGGUUUGGGACCCGAGGCAGUUGAUCAGGAAGGUGCGUGACCGGCACAUCUUCCUCUUUGACUUGUACCUCGUGUUCUGCAAGGAGGUGCGCGACCCCAGCGGCAGCAAGACCAAGUACGCCUACAAGCACCGCCUUGUGACCUCGGAGCUGGGCGUCACAGAGCACAUCGAAGGGGACGAGUGCAAGUUUGCCGUUUGGACUGCACGGACGGGAGUCAGUGACGGCAAGAUGAUCCUCCGAGCGAACACACUGGAGAGCAAGCAGACGUGGGUGAGGAAGCUGAGGGAGGUGAUCCAGGAGACCUACCUCAGCUCUGCCCUGCCCUUCUCCAUGGUCAAGUCUCCUGCCAAGACGCCCAAGCAGAACCGUGCCAGCAGGGACUUGGAGGAGGCCAUCGAGGAAAACGCCGAGAACACCGACCGGAACUCCCUCGCCUCCUACUCCUCCUCCAACACAGACUCCGACAAGGGCAGCGGGGAGGUGACAUGGGUGCUCGAGGACUGGAGCGGGGGCGGGACGGGGGAGCUGAGCGUGACGCGGGGGCAGCAGGUGGAGGUGCUGGACAUGCCCCCCGCCCACAGCCCCGCCCGCGACCCCUCCGAGUGGGCGUACGUGCGGCUGUCCCACGCCCACGACCAGGAGGGCCACGUACCGCUCAGCCUCCUGCGACAGCCGCCCAAGCAGCAGCGAUCCGACCUCGACCUCUCAGAGGGCGUGGCGGGGAGCGGCGGGGAGGGCCCUGGAGGCACCGCCCCCGCUGGCGGAGGAUCCUCCCCCGUCACCAAGCGCAAGGGUUUCUCCAGUCGAAAAUGGUUACCCCCGCCCUUACGGAAGCUGAGUCAAGGGCGAGUGGACCGUGUGACGUCGCCCUCCGCCACCUCUCCCGCGGCUGAUCCAACCCACCCCAAGGAGCCACACGCCCACAAACACCAGAUCAGGAAGGCUUACUCCGAGCGGCGGUUCAAGGUGAGCGAGAGGCAUGACCCGCACGGCUGUCAGGGCCCGGCGACGGUCGGCACUGCGGGCGACAUGGGGAACAAGCCUGGCGCCCAGAGUCAGUCGGAGGAGGAAACAGAGGUGCCAGCCGCUCGUGUCCCUCCUCUCACCUCACACCCAGACAGUGCAACCGGACCCAGUCGCUCCCUAUCAGUGGAGAAUGGGGAGGAGGGAGAGCUGGAGAUGGAGCUGCCACCCCCCAUGAAGGUGUUGGAGCAGCCCAUGUCAGCAGCAGCAGCUCAGGGCUCCCAAGGCACCGCUGCCGCCGCUGCCGGGCCUCCCAUCCCCCCCCUCGACAAUAUUCUCACAGACGUUCCUUCCAGAUCAACCAGUGUCGCCCUGAAGACAGCAGAAGGGAGCACCACAGACCUUGCCACAGAAAUAGAAAACAUUGUCAAGGAAAAGAUGGAACAACACACAGAAACCAAUGAACUCCUGAAGGAGUGGCGGAGCUCUGGUGACGGGUGUUCAGGUGAUGAGGCCUCCUCCCCCGUGCCCUUGACCUCACAGCUGUCUGACGAUGCAGACCUGGGGGCGUCGGCCCUACCUCACUCACUUCUUGUACAUGAUACUAGUCCAGGGGAUUGUGAUAUGACCAAGGAACAAAGAGAACUCCACAAGCGGCAGUUUGUUGUGGCAGAGAUGGUGGAGACGGAGCGGCUGUAUGUCCGGGACUUGGCUGAUGUGGUGGAGGGCUACAUCACAGAGAUGAGAAACCCAGACUCUGAGAUCAAGAUGCCUGAAGACCUCAAAGAUGGGAAGGACAAGAUGGUGUUUGGAAACUUGGAGGCUAUUUACGAAUGGCACCGAGAUUUCUUCAUGAAAAACAUUGAGCGGUGUCUGGAGCACCCGGAGGAGAUCGGGCCGGUGUUCCAGCGCAGUGAGAAGAGGUUACAGAUCUACGUCAAGUACUGCCAAAACAAACCCACCUCAGAGUACAUUGUCUCAGAGUACUCCAACUACUUUGAGGAACUGAGGCAAAAGCUGGGCCACAAGCUGCAGCUGCCAGACUUGCUGAUCAAGCCUGUGCAGCGGCUGAUGAAGUAUCAGUUGCUGUUACGGGACAUCCACAAGCACACUGAGCGAUCAGGGCUGACCCAGGAGGCCGAGAGCAUCAAGAGGGCCCUCAACAUCAUGAUUGUUGUGCCCAAAGCCGCCAACGAUAUGAUGAACGUCGGAAGGUUACAAGGCUUUGAUGGCAAGAUCAUGUCUCAAGGGAAGCUGCUGAUGUACGGGCCGUUGACAUGCUGUGAAGGCCCCUCGGCUCAGAAUUUCCGUGGAAAAGAAUUGAUGGUGUUCCUCUUUGAACAGUCGAUCAUAUUCUCUGAACAAGGCCGGAAGAAAAAUCAGUUUUCCAACCCUGUUUACCAAUAUAAGAGUCACCUACAGGUCAACAAAAUGAACUUACAAGAGAAGAGUGACGACGGGGAUCCACUCAAAUUCCAACUGAAAUCCGCCGAUCCCCACAAACCAAACACCGCCUAUGUCUGCCAGGGAGUCACUGAGGAUGAGAGAAACCAGUGGGUCUCACAGAUCCGCCACUUGCUGCAAACCCAAAAAGACUUCCUCAAGGCCAUUCAGUACCCUAUAGCAUACCAAAAGGAGCAGACCAAGAAUGUGCUGGACCAGCCAGGGCGAGGGCCCAGCUGGAAUGCCUCGCUUCGCAAGACUCUCAGUCAGCCUCCAGUCCAGCAACGAGCGCCGGCCACCAAGAAGAAAGCAAAUACCAUUGAUAUUCCCAACAGCAAUUCUCCGGCCUCCACCACCAGUACCGGAAAGCCUCCUCCACCACCCCCGGCACCCCCUGCACCCAGCACAGCCACCCGAAUACCCUCGUACAUACCCAUCAAGAAGGAUAUUUCCCUAGACAAGCUUGAUGCUCCCUCUAGUCCACCGAAACUAAAGAAGAACUUUUUUGAUGGCUUCCGAAAUACAUUGCGUCCCAGAUUAAAAACUGGACAGGAGGAAAGUGGCGACGGAUCUGAAAGUUUCCCAACCUCUCCAAGGCAGGAGAGCAAAGACGACAGCUACCAUAGGCGGUGGUCUGAGUCUGGCUCACCCACCAAGUCGGGUGAAUGGAACGUGUCCCUCCCGGCUGGCACAAUGGUGAAGGUGUUGGCCGACUACACUGCCCUGAAAGAGGAUGAAAUAUCAGUAUCUCGAGGGGAGACAAUCCAGAUAAUAUCAUCCAAUGCCUCACAAGGAUACCUGGUCCACCGUGCAGCCACAAGCAGCAGCCCGGCCGCUGAAGGUUGGGUGCCUUCUUAUGUCAUCCUUCCCUCUGCCAAUCCUGAGGUCCUCACCAGCACUCCCUCUUCUCCUCAGCAUAACCUCCCAUCCUAUGAGUCCCAGAUUAAGAAGCCGUGGAUGAAGUUCCGUAAGCCAUCUUUCUCCAAGCGGGAGCAGCAUCAGCACCAGCGCCAGCCCUCACUGAAGAAGGAGGAAGCCGUUCCUGAACUACCAUCAGUCCGAUCAGCCUCCCACUUACCCAGUAGGCAAAUGACAGUCUCCCUUAUCAACCCUUACCACUCAGAUGGAGAGAACUACUGUACCCCACACUCUGAGAAACCCCCAAGUGGGUGUGUCCCGGCCUCACCCGAGUCACCCGUCAGAAUAAUAUCCCCACUGAGAAACGUUACGGUGUGUCCGGGGGAGCCGGCAGAGAUGGUGUGCAUGAUAUCUGUGGCCGGGCUGUGGCUGGAGUCAACCAUCGUCACCUGGUCGGGGCCCCAUGGCCAGCUGACAGACCCACGCUUUGAGAUGGAGCAGCACCGCGACGGCACACUGAGCCUGCACCUGGGAAGCUGUCGGGUCACUGAUGCAGGCGAGUACACCUGCACCAUCUCCUGCGCCGGCCAUUCCAUCGCCUGCUCGGCACGCAUCAAUCUGGCCCACGAUGUGAUAGAAGAGGAGGACGAGACUGCAGUGAAAAGCGAGGUGAAGGAGGCGUGUGUGGCGGGGCAGACGGGAGAGGAGGAGCAGCCGCAGGAUGAGGUGGAGGAGGAGGAGGAGGAGGAGGGCGAGGUCACUGAAGCUUCGGACCGGGUCGUUUGGCUGUCAGGGUUUCAGAGGAAAUACUCGGUGAUGCACGACCUCGGGAAAGGAAGAUUUAGCGUGGUGAAGCGGUGCCAGCGGAACAGCGACGGCCUGGAGGUGGCGGUGAAGUUCGUGCGCCGCGUGAGGCAGGAGCGGCCGGCCACGGAGCGCGAAUACCAGCUGCUGCGCCGCCUGCAACACCCGUCCCUGGCCCGCUCCAUCGCCCUCUACAAUGCUACGCCCAAGUUCGACAUCCUCGUCCUGGAGCUGAUAAUGGGUCUUCCCAUUCUGGACUGGAUCUUCACGCGGGAUGAAACUACCGAGGCCACCUGUGCCGUGCUGGUGAGGCAGGUGGUCCAGGCCCUCCAGUACCUGCACUCCGCCCACGUGGCCUACCUCGACCUCAAGCCUGAAAAUUUGCUAGUUGACAUCCUAAGAACAAGGAAUGAUGGCGGCAGAUGCAGCAUACCCCAGGAUGAUAGUCUGCCUGCUGUCCGCCUCAUUGACUUCGGCAGCGCAAGAAGCCUGGCCCCAAGUGAGAAAAAUACAGGUGAUGGCAAUGACAAAGAGAUCCCAAUCAAAGAGCUGAGGAUUCCACCUGAGUGUCCACCUGUGGUCCUUGGGUCACCUGAGUUUGUGGCCCCAGAAUUGCUAGCCAGAAAGGAAGUUGGGGUCCAAGCAGAUUACUGGAGUCUUGGAGUCCUUAUUUAUGUUCUCGUCAGUGGCCGCUCUCCCUUCCUUGGCACAUCACCUGAGGCCACGUGCAGACAUAUUCUCUCAGGUGACCUCACGUUCCCUGUAGAAUACUUUGCUUCAGUGACCCAGGAAGCAUGUGAUCUGAUCCAUGACCUGCUGGCCUUUAAGCCUGAGGACAGAGUGGAGCUGCAAGAAGCUCUUGGUCAUCCUUGGUUUAGCAUGGAGGAGUGUGAAAGCUUGCUCCCGAUUCAGUCUCUUGCUGAUUACUCCUUCAGGCGGUCCAAGGUGGUGUCAUCAGUGCAGGUUAUAACACCACAGACCUCGUCUAAGUGAUGGACUGAGAUGGUAAGGUGACAUCCUGUAUCCUGUAGUUUCUGGGUAGGUGCACAGUGGGGUAGCUAUGUAUCACACUUUGCCUACAAUGGAGGACAUUUUCAAAGCUGUUUCUGUGUAGAGGAUUGAACUUUCUCUGCCUGAAGCAAGCAGUAUUGUGGCUUCAUAGUGCAGGAAAAAAAAUAAAGAAGUAAAACUUUUGUUUGCUAUUAAUCAAAUUUCACAAGGGAUUAUGGCAUAUGCCUCACAGUUCAUCACUGCAGCAUAGGAGUGAUUGUGCCCAUAGGCUUGCUCUAGGCUGAGAGAUGAAUAGGUUAAGUGCUGUGCUCGACACAGCAGCAGCUUUGAAAAUCCUCCAAUGGUCCCUUUUAGGACAUAAAUUUGUGGCCAGCCAAUUGUCACAUAACUCAACUUUUUGUAUUCAAGGUAAACUGUCCGAGUUGCUUUAUGAAUUAUAGAAGAGGUAUGACUUAGCUUGCCAUGAAUGGAAAGCUUGCAUACCCAAGGUGCUGUUUUGUAAUAUUUUAGCUUUUAUCAUGGGUCAUAAACCUGAAAUAAACACAGUAACUGUCUGGUGAAAUACUGAUAUUUUCCAUAGCUCAUGAUCACCUGAGCAAUGGGAACUGCACUAGUCACUAUCAAAGGUUUAUCAUUUAGCUACUUAGAUACUUGAAGUAGAGAAAAAUUAAUAAAAAAUGGGACUGUUUCUACUAAUACAGUACAAUGUAUCAGUAAGGGAACAUAUGACGAUGAACUUGGUAACCUGAGAAAAGUACCGAUUCAUCUGUGUGAUGAAUAAUCAAAUUUAAUUUUCACUUUACUUUUCACUACAUCAGCAUCCUCAGCAGCAAAUAGGUGAAAUACACACUCGCCAACCUUUAUCAAUGACUUACUGUGGACAUAAGAUCAUUUUGUUAAGUGUGCACUUAAGCCAAAGGCUUGCCUGAGUAUUGUGUGUGUGCAUGUUGUCCUGUACAGUUCAGAUUUACUUUUUUUCCCUGCAAACUAACAAGUAAGACAGAAUAGAGUAUGUUAAAACUUUCAUGAAAAGUGGGGUAUAUAUAUAUAUUUUGAUAAAAUGUAGCUUUGCAAUAACAGAAAUGUCAGCCUUGGAGGUUUUAUCAUUGCCAAGCAUUGCAGUGCCCUUGCUGCAACAAGGGCACUGCCCAGCUUUGACGGAUAGGUGUGCAUAACUUACAAAUUGCGUUAGCCAACAAAAAAACUGGAAAUAAUUAUUGUGCUCUGAUUAUCUCAAAUUUCCUAAUCUCUUACUUGACAUUCCUCUCCCUGCUGCACACAGUCCUCCCAUUGCACCUGUGCAUCUGUUCACUUCACAUUCAUGGCUCAUUUUAAGUUAGUAGAAUAGUCUGUGAUUUUAGCGAAAGCUGGUAUUUGUAGUGUAAUGAUGAGUUCAUGCUGUGAGGCCUUCAGCUGCAAGCGAGGGGGUAGAGAUCAAGAGAAUUGUGGUUAUUAUUUUGGUGUGAAAAGUAUGUUGGGAAAAAUGAAGUGUAUUAUGAUGAAUAAAGAGUAUACAAAAGGUUA